CAAUUUUCAAGCGUUUAUUGAUCCACAAUUUUCAUCCCCAUCAGUUAUUAUUAUUAUGCCUUUAACAGUGACCUGAAAAUGAUCCUUGUUCAUUUCCCCAAUUUCGCGUUUCUUCCUCUUUCUCUCUCAUCUCACUUCUGACCCUUCCAUAAUCUUCCUUGUUAAGAUUCAUUAUCUUCUCUUUUCUUCGUGUUUCCUAUCUCCUCCUGCUACUGCUCCUCCUCCUCCUCCUCCUGCAUCCCGCCCCUCCACCUUACUCCCUUCUGGGCAAUCUUACUACUUCUUCGUAUCGAUCAGGUCAAAGCUUCGCGGAUUCUGAGUCGCAGAAUUUCAGGCAAAAUUCAUCUUUUGUUUGUUCCUGGCCACAAGAAAAUAAAUCCAAAACCUCAUCUCCUGACGCGCGCGGGAAACAACAUGGCGGAAGAGCAGCGAUGCCAAACAUCCGAAGGCCACCGGCUCUGCGCCAACAACUGCGGCUUCUUCGGAAGUCCGGCCACCAUGAACCUCUGCUCCAAAUGCUACAGAGAUUUCUGUCUCAAGGAGCAACAGCAGGCCUCUACGAAAUCAACCAUCGAAACCGCUCUCUCCUCCUCAUCUGUCCCUGCGCCUUCGCCGGCCGCGGAGGCCCUCCCUCCUCCGCAGGCGUUGAAAGCGCCGGAUGUUGUGGCGGACGCGUCGAUCCCGGCGCCGGCGGCCGCCGUACCAGAUGGGCCGGUGACGCAACCAAACCGAUGCGCCACGUGUCGUAAAAGGGUCGGGUUUACCGGGUUCAAGUGCAAGUGCGGGAUUACGUUUUGUGGUGUCCACAGGUAUCCGGAGAAACACGGGUGUAGCUUCGAUUUCAAGGCGGUGGGCCGAGAAGAAAUAAGUCGAGCGAAUCCGGUGGUCAUAGCGGAGAAGCUCCAGAAGAUUUGAUCUGGGCCGUUUGUUGCCCUGUUGGACCACGGUGACCAAAAAGAGAUUCGAUGAAGUUGAUCGAGGCCGUCCAUCGUUUCAAUCUGAGAUGCAUCGUGCGACGUUGAUCACAUGUACCAAAAAUUUAAGAUGAGAUUGACUUUUCUGUUAUGGUAUUGACUAUUGAAUGGAAGAUUGAAUAAGUCGUGUAAUUCGGCUUUUGCUCUGUAAAAAACUAAAACAGAAUCAUCUUUUUUUUUUGAAGGUAUCCAGGAAGGUGGACGGCGUCCACCCACUUUAAUGGAAUCUUAUUUGUGGUU